GUCAGGCCGUGUGUACCGGAAGUAGAAUCAAUAUGAUAGGGCUGUUAGAGUUCAUCGACUUCCUUCUCUCUUUAAAAUUGCCUGAGGUUGAGUGGCCUGGCAGGGUGGAGGAGGCAGAUGGACGGUGGGGUGCGGAGAGCAGGGUCCGAAGGCAGGUGGAGCCGGGCGCCCUGGUGGCCCAGAGGACCUGGCCCUGACGUAGGUAGUGGCUCUGGAGGCCACAAGGGUCGCUGGUGUGGGGGUGAGUGUUCCCUGCGUCAUUCUGUCCUGCGAGGGUGGCUGUGCUUCGGGCUAAUGCCUUCACCCCUCCAACAGUGCCAGGUCUCAGAGGCAACGCCCUGAUAAAGAGGCCACAAGACAGUAAGAGCAGGAGCUGGGACCUGACCCAAGGUCUGGAGUGAAGUCUUGGCUCUUUUUCCUGCAUUCUGCUCUGUCUAGGGAAGCCCCAGGGUUUCAGGGCCUCUGGGUCGGUGUUGGCAUUCAUCAAGAGCUUGCUGAGGCAGCCCUGACUGAGUGAGAUGGGAGUAAAAACAGCUGAAGGGUGGGGCUGGAGGGUAUGUAUUUAGAUCCUGCCUCCUGUGUACUUAGGGGCUAGAUACAUUCCCAUUGACUUGGUGUACAUCUGUGUGGUGAGGAGUGGACCAGAUUGCCUUUCUUAAAGUCCAAACUCUGGGACCUGUGAAUCCACAGCAGCGUCCCCUAAAUAUCUUUUUGCUUGGUAACAUUGCUUGAUAUGUCUAUCAUUUCUUCCCCACCCAAAGUUCCUGUGUGGAUUCACAGUGCUGACAGAGUGCUGGCUGGCCCUAAGGUAGAGCCCAUCUUCAUGACAACAGGCUUGUGUCACCAUGGUUAUUUUACAAUAGGCACCAUUUCUUUCUGGCCUCAGUAGACAUCAGUGUUGCUUCCAGGCUUACCCACUGAGGACACCAGGAAGGGAGCCCUGCUGCUUAGCAGGCCUGUGCUUCCAUGCUGAGUUCAUGGAUCCUUCUAAAGUCAUCUAACUUCAUUGAGCCUCAGUUUCCCUGCUGAUGGAGCUGGUAAUCUCUGGCUGGGUGAGUCCCGGUGAUGGGACACAGCUCUGCUUCCCCACCCUGCAGAGAGGUAGUCCACGGGACGACACAGAGCUUGGGAACUAGCUGAAGAUGCUACCACAGUAUCAGUGCUUCCUGAAUUCUCUGCUUGGGCUGUAAGUCUUGUCUUUCUUGACCUAACUGUUCGCAUCUACGCCUCAUCUCAGACACUUUCUUACUGUACCAAAGGCACAGCCUCCUCCCUGUCUUCCACUCCCCAGGGGCUGCCUUCUAGGCAGACCUCCAUGUUGGUCCUGGAGCCAUGGCUCUGAAGUAUGAGGGAUUUUUCUUUCCAGCCUCUGGGUGACUUUUUUUUUUUUGUUUGUUUAAGGUCAAGUUCAAACUUGUAGUGAUAUGUCGCAGGGUACAGGGUACAUGUUCACCUCCAUGCCUUUCAUGUCAGCCUCAAGCAACAGCAGGGAGAAUGUACUCCUAAGAACCCGAGUGGAACUUGGACUCUGCAGAGGCUUCCAAGCCGAGAUAUGGGUGCUCUGACGAAUCUUAGGCCCAGCUGGGGAGACUAUUAAAAGAAGAAGGGAGAAGUACAAGCAGGUUGUUUUUAAAAUAAACUCACUGUUUUUUAAGGCUUGCUAUAGGCAGUGAGUUGUGCCCUGACUGUUGCUGGGAGAGCAUCAGGGCUGCAGGUUAGCUGUAUUUGGAUUGCUGUUACUGGAAAGAUGCCCCCAUAGAAGUGGCCUUAGCUGUGGGAGUCUUUUGUAAUAGUUGUUUCUUUUCUUUCUUUUUUUUGUGAGGUCUUAUGUUUUUGAUGAGGUACAUGUGCAUGAGGUCCCUCCCUUCCAGGAUGCCUGACUCCAUUUUGUUAAGGCUUUCUAAAAGUGAUUCUGUGGUCAGUUUACAAACGUUGACACUCUCAUUAUGUGUGUGUAUGCCCGCUGGCGGGGGCCACAUCUGGUUUCAGAGAGGGCAGGGGUCUUGAGGGACCAAGGUGAUCACUGUGUGACUGUUUAGCCUUUUAACCUCUUCAAGGCAUUUCCGAAGCACCUGUUCCUUUAAUUGGGGAAAGCCUGUGCCUGAGAGGGCUGUCUUCUGCAGGUGUGGCAGAGAGCCACACCCUGGUAGCUGGCUGCCUUGUGUGCUCAGGGAGGUGUGUUAGGGCAGUGUUCAUCUGGCUGGGCACAGCUGAGGCAGAGCUUGCCCAAGGCCAGCCUGGCUGGGGUGAGCCCUUGGCUGGGAUCAAACUCCCCACUGCCACCUGUUCGUGGCGCAUCUGGAUGAACGGAACGCCUGGGGCUCCGGAGCAUUUAUGCUUCUAGGUAUUAUUGCCACAGUAUUAGUGACUUCUCCUUGCCAAGACUGCAGACCUCACAGGAACAACUCAAGGGCAGACGGACUCACUUUGGCCCCUGGCUUGAGAGGCUGCAAUCCAUCAUGGAGAAGGUGUGGUGCUGCCCCUCGGUGAUAGGAGUGUGAGAAUCGCAAGUGAUGGUGUUCCCAGAGGACAAGCGGAGCCCUGCGCGACUGGUUGGCACAGCAGAGCUGGCAGCUGUGCUUGCUGGUGGGCGGGCGUGAACCUCAGGACCUCAGCGUCUCACCCCAAGAGGAAACAUGUCUAAUAAGAAGGGACGCAGCAAGGGUGAGAAGCCCGAGGCGGAGACGGACUCUGUGCAGAUGGCCAAUGAAGAGCUGCGGGCCAAGCUAACCAACAUCCAGAUCGAGUUCCAGCAGGAGAAGAGCAAGGUGGGCAAGCUGCGGGAGCGUCUGCAGGAGGCCAAGCUGGAGCGCGAGCAGGAGCAGCGGCGCCACACGGCCUACAUCUCCGAGCUCAAGGCUAAGCUGCACGAGGAGAAGACGAAGGAGCUGCAGGCGCUGCGCGAGGCGCUCAUCCGGCAGCACGAGCAGGAGGCAGCGCGGACGGCCAAGAUCAAGGAGGGCGAGCUGCAGCGGCUGCAGGCCACGCUGAAUGUGCUGCGCGAUGGCGCCGCAGACAAAGUCAAGACUGCAUUGCUGGCCGAGGCGCGCGAGGAGGCUCGCAGGACCUUUGAUGGCGAGCGCCAGCGGCUGCAGCAGGAGAUCCUGGAGUUGAAGGCGGCGCGCAAACAGGCGGAGGAGGCACUCAGCAACUGCAUGCAGGCGGACAAGGCCAAGGCCGCGGACCUGCGCGCUGCGUACCAGGCGCACCAGGAUGAGGUGCACCGCAUCAAACGCGAGUGCGAACGUGACAUCCGCAGACUGAUGGACGAGAUCAAAGGGAAGGAGCGGGUGAUCCUGGCCCUGGAGAAGGAGCUUGGCGUGCAGACUGGGCAGACCCAGAGGCUGCUACUGCAGAAGGAGGCUCUGGAUGAGCAGCUGGUCCAGGUCAAGGAGGCUGAGCGCCACCACAGCAGCCCAAAGAGGGAGCUCCCCCCUGGCAUUGGUGACAUGGCAGAGCUCAUGGGUGGCCAGGAUCAACAUAUGGAUGAACGAGAUGUGAGACGCUUUCAACUAAAGAUUGCUGAACUGAAUUCAGUGAUUCGGAAGCUGGAAGACAGAAACACCCUGCUGGCCGAUGAGAGGAACGAACUGCUGAAGCGCUCUCGGGAGACGGAGGUGCAGCUGAAGCCGCUGGUGGAGAAGAACAAGCGGAUGAACAAGAAGAAUGAGGACCUGCUGCACAGUAUCCAGAGGAUGGAGGAGAAGCUCAAGAGCCUCACGCGGGAGAACGUGGAGAUGAAAGAAAAGCUGUCUGCCCAGGCCUCCCUAAAGCGACACACGUCCCUGAAUGACCUCAGUCUGACCAGGGAUGAGCAGGAGAUUGAGUUCCUGAGGCUGCAGGUGCUGGAACAGCAGCAUGUCAUCGAUGACCUCUCAUUGGAAAGAGAGCGCCUGCUACGUUCCAAGAGGCAUCGAGGGAAGAGCCUGAAGCCCCCCAAGAAGCAUGUUGUGGAGACAUUUUUUGGAUUUGAUGAGGAGUCCGUGGACUCAGAAACAUUGUCAGAGACGUCCUAUAACACUGACAGGACAGACCGGACCCCAGCCACUCCGGAAGAGGAUGUAGAUGAGACCACAACCAGAGAAGAGGCCGACCUGAGGUUUUGCCAGCUGACCAGGGAGUACCAGGCCCUGCAGAGGGCCUAUGCCCUGCUUCAGGAACAAGUCGGGGGGACGCUGGAUGCUGAGAGGGAGGCCCGGACUCGGGAGCAGCUUCAGGCUGACCUGCUGAGGUGCCAGGCCAAAAUCGAGGACUUGGAGAAGCUGCUGGUUGAGAAGGGACAGGACUCUGCAUGGGUAGAGGAGAAGCAGGUACUCAUGAGGACGAACCAGGACUUGCUGGAGAAGAUUUACAGGCUGGAGAUGGAGGAGAACCAGCUAAAGAGUGAAAUGCAAGACGCCAAGGACCAGAACGAGCUGUUAGAAUUCAGAGUGCUAGAACUCGAAGAGAGAGAGCGGAGGUCGCCAGCCUUUAACCUCCAAAUCACCACCUUCCCCGAGAACAACAGCAGCGCUCUCCAGCUGUUCUGUCACCAGGAAGGAGUAAAGGGUGUGAAUAUCUCUGAACUUAUGAAGAACUUAGAUAUCCUUGGCGAUAACGGGAAUUUGAGAAAUGAAGAGCAGGUUGCAGUAAUCCAAGCGGGAACUGUGCUUGCCCUGUGUGAAAAGUGGCUGAAGCAGAUAGAAGGAACAGAGGCAGCCCUCACCCAGAAGAUGAUGGACCUGGAGAAGGAGAAGGAUUUGUUCAGCAAGCAGAAGGGCUACCUGGAGCAGGAACUGGACUACAGGAAGGAAGCCCUUGACCAGGCCUACCUGGUAGGACCAGAAAAAAUCCAGGACCUGGAGGCCACCUUGUACAAUGCACUGCAGCAGGAGCCAGGGAGGAGAGCCAGCGAGGCGCUGAGUGCCAGCCAGCGUGAGGACCUCCAGGCGGCCGUAGAGAAGGUACGCAGACAGCUACUGCGUCAGAGCCGGGAGUUCGACAGCCAGAUCCUGCGGGAGCGAAUGGAGCUGCUACAGCAGGCCCAGCAGAAAAUCCGGGAGAUGGAGGGCAAGCUGGAACUGCAGAGGCGCCAGCUGAAGGAGCUGGAGGAAAAGCAUUCAUUCUGUGGCCUUGAUGACUCCCAUGCGCCGAGAACUCGGGCUAAACAGAGAGCUUUCGGAAUCACCUGAGUCCCCGUGGUGCCCCAUCCUCACUCAAACCAAAAUCCAACAGUGCAACAAGCUAUUCAAAGUCCGGAGCCUGAACACAGGCAGAACUUAUGCACAUUUGACAGUCACUUAAAGGGGAGGCCUGGGGACCUGGCCAGCCUCUGCUGUGGAACUCUGCAGGACAAUGGGGGCGCCUCCCCAGUGUCCCCACUGUGGCAUCUCCAAGAGCCAAGGACAAAGAUGGAUCUGGAUGGCAGGAAUCUAAGUGCAAUUAGCGGAAACCCAGGGCAUGAGAGCUGCUGCCUCGGGGGGAGAGGUGAAAGGCCUGCCCCCCUGCUGUGUGCCUCCCUGAAGGCACUCUGUGUGCCUAGAUGGAUACAGACACCCCCUCUGCCCUCUGUACAUAAAUCUCCAUGGACUGAC